UGCAAGGGAGGGAGCUUCGCACGUGGUUGCGCCAUAAAGGGCUGUUGCAACUGUACUGUAGGCGGCUGCGGCCUUUGAUUUCCUUGUGCCCUCCGAUUUUGGUUUCCAAGGUCAUUGGUUCGGUUAUCUGACACUUCGCUCAUUGCAGAUUGACGUGAACCGCUUCUAGAUUGGCCAAGAUCCUCCAUGGUUUGUUCAAUUAGCACAACAACUUGACGGGCAAAUUCGCAUUGAUCCACGAAAUGACGUUGAGCUAACGGUACUUCCUGCCCUUCCUCCCUUUCCAUACCAGCACAUAAGGGCGGAAAAUCCAGAUAUAGCGACUCCUCAGCCAUUUUUUGCGGCCCUUCUAAGCUUGUCACAUAAUCACUCCAUUGGGCAUCCAAUUCCUCAAUCCUUCCAAUAGUGGUCUCAAUAUGGGCUUUUUCCAGCUUCAGCUUUCUGCGAGUAUCCUCAUCAUUUUCCUCAGCAAUAAUUCGAUUGGCCUCGGCAGUAUGCUCUUGAAUGGUUUUCAAGGCAGCGUUCAGGUUUCGUCUAAUUCUUCCGGACAUUUGUAUAGCACUUCCAAACCAAAGUUAGAAUCCAAGUAG